AUGAGUUCCCAGCAGCAGAAGCAGCCCUGUGCCCCACCCCCCCAGCUUCAGCAGCAGCAGGUGAAACAGCCCUGCCAGCCUCCACCCCAGGAACCAUGUGUCCCUCAAACCAAGGAGCCAUGCCACACCAAGGUUCCUGAGCCCUGCCACCCUGUGGUUCCUGAGCCAUGUCUCCCCAAGGUGCCAGAGCCAUGCCAACCCACGGUGCCGGAGCCAUGUCCUUCAACCAUCAUUCCUGCACCAGUUCAGCAGACCAAGCAGAAGUAA